CGCUGCACCCCGGCGGGCGGAAAGCUGCGGGAGCGGCCUCAUGGGAGAGAAGCAGAUCCUGUGCGUGGGGCUGGUGGUGCUGGACAUCAUCAAUGUGGUGGACAAGUAUCCGGAGGAGGACACGGACAGCAGGUGCUUGUCCCAGAGAUGGCAGCGUGGAGGCAAUGCAUCCAACUCCUGCACCGUCCUCUCCCUGCUAGGAGCCCCCUGUGCCUUCAUGGGUUCACUGGCGCCCGGCCAUGUUGCUGAUUUCCUGGUGACUGACUUCAGGCAGCGGGGUGUGGACGUGUCUCAGGUGGCCUGGCAGAGCCGGGGGGAGACCCCAUGCUCUUGCUGCAUCGUCAACAACUCCAAUGGCUCACGCACCAUUGUGCUCUAUGACACGAACCUGCCAGAUGUCUCUGCUGCGGACUUUGAGAAGGUGGAUCUGACUCGGUUCAAGUGGAUCCACAUUGAGGGCCGGAACGCGUCGGAGCAGGUGAAGAUGCUGCAGCGGAUAGAGCAGCACAAUGCCAGGCAGCCUCCGGGGCAGAAGGUCCGGGUGUCCGUGGAGGUGGAGAAGCCCCGGGAGGAGCUGUUCCAGCUGUUUGGCUACGGAGACGUGGUGUUUGUCAGCAAAGACGUGGCCAGACACUUGGGGUUCCAGUCAGCGGUGGAGGCCCUGAGGGGCUUGUACAGCCGUGUGAGGAAAGGGGCUACGCUGGUCUGUGCCUGGGCUGAGAAGGGCGCCGACGCCCUGGGCCCCGACGGACAGCUGCUCCACUCGGAUGCCUUCCCGCCGCCCCGCGUGGUGGAUACUCUGGGGGCCGGCGACACCUUCAACGCCUCUGUCAUCUUCAGCCUGUCUCAAGGAAAGAGCAUGCAGGAGGCGCUGCGGUUUGGCUGCCAGGUGGCCGGCAAGAAGUGCGGCCUGCAGGGCUACGAUGGCAUCGUGUGAUGCCCUAUGGCAGCAGGCAGCAGCUCACACCCCCCCGGGGGCCAGUGGCACCGGCUGCUGCCUUCUCCCCUCCGUCCAGCCUGGCAUCAGGGCGGCCCUGCUCCUGGGCAGACGCUGGCCGUGGAAGGGCUCCACCUGCACCUGGGUCCUGGUGUCAAACACCGCGGAGCCACAGAGCAAAUAAAUCUCCUUCCCCGUG